GCCACAAAACCAGACCACUUUCUUGGCGCUCAGCUCAGUUGCCGAAAGAAAGUCCGACGAGUCGUGACCGACCGGGAGCCGCGUGGAAAAUCUCAAUCUUAAUAAACUCCAGCACCAACUUGGAUUUGGUUGGAUUCGGAGUUGGAGUCGGAGUCGCUGUGCCGCCGCCAAUGAAAGUUGUGUUGAUGUUCGCGUCGAUUUCGGAAUUUGUUUUUCCAAACUCCACAGCUGCGUACAGUUUAGUUCGCGUUUUGUCUACCGCUCAAAAUGUGCAAUUUGUUUUGGCUUUCGGCCUGUUUUUUGGCUGUCUGGCUGCCCUUCGCCCUGAGCGAAUCCAAUGCCACAAGUGUUGACAGGGAGCCCAAGACUGAGCCAAAAUCAGAGCUAGUGCCUACGGCGGAGAAACUAAUACGAUACCGCCGUCAGCCACCCUACGCCGUGAUCAAGCGCUCCAAGGUGCGCCGACGGACUAAAGGUUCACCUAAGAUUAAAUAUGGACCACCACCACCCCACAUUCGCUACUCAAAGCCCUCGUUUCCAUCACAUCUCGAGGAACCUAGUUUCUCGCUGGAUGACUUUCAGCACCUAAAAUUUGAUGGUGCGGACUUUAAGAUACCCACCUCGAGCUAUGAAGCGCAGUCCAUGGACUUGGAUUUCUAUAACCACGAUUCGGAACCGGACCUUUAUGGAGCACACAAGUUUCCCAGCCUGGACUUUGGCCUCGUCACAACCCAUGAGCACGUCCCUCAUCAAAAGUACGGAUUGCCAUCUCUUCAACAAGGUUUCCAGCCGGAACACUCGGUUGCUUCGCACUAUGAGCCACCUCCUGCUCCGGCCCAUCCGCCAUCUACCCGUUAUGGAGUACCCUCGGCCCCAGUACCAGUUCCCAACUAUCCGCAUCAGGAUUUGCCAGCUCCGGAUUCGUAUUCCAUUUAUGAACAGAAGAUCCCCAAUGUAGGAUAUCAUCAGAACUUCGCAGAGCCACCGAAGCAGCCGUCCAAACAUGGUUCCGAUCAUAAUCCUAACUUUGAGAUUGCCUACUCUCCACCCGCUUUCGAGAUCAGCACUUCCUAUCAGUCAAAUCACCAACAAAGCUAUGUGCCACCCCAUAAGUCAAAUUCUCAUGAUGGAUUCGCCGAGCCCCCGUCCAAUAAUUAUGUAAAGCCUCCCCAGCAUCCGCCAUCGAAUAGCUACGCUCCACCACAACAUCCUUCCUCGAGUUAUGACCAUCCACCGCAGCAUCCUCCUUCUACUUAUAACCAGCCUCCGCAACAUCCAUCUUCUAGUUAUGAUCAGCCUCCUCAACAUCAUUCCCCUAGUUAUGAACAACCUCCACAACACCCCUCCUCCAGUUAUGACCAACCUCCUCAACAUCCCUCCUCCAGCUAUGAUCAGUCUCCGCAACAUCCCUCCUCCAGUUAUGAUCAGCCUCCGCAAUAUCCUUCCUCGAGUUAUGAUCAACCUGCGCAACAUCCCUCCUCCAGUUAUGACCAACCACCCCAGGAACAUCCAAGUAACUACCAGCAUCCUCCAUCAUCUACCUACGACCAACCACCUCAGCACCCUCCUACCAACUACGUAUCCUCCGAUUCACAUUCCAUCAAUAGUUAUCCGCAAGACGAUUAUGCACCACCUACGCAGGAAUUGCCUUUGAAUCCACACCAUAAGUUCCCAAGCUUCGAUUUUCCAAAGUCCAGCUACGAAGUUCCCAUCUACGAUCCCGUGCCAUUCGAAGCCUCCAAUCGUGAUGAGCAGGAGUCCUAUCCACCAUUCCUGGCUCCCUCUCCCGAUCAAAACGAAAUAACUUCAGACGCCCAUGCGGCUGGCAGUUCCAAGCGGAGGAAGAGGAAGCGAAAGCCCAGCUCUGGAAUCGUGCCCGCAAAGCAUACUUUGGAUGUCCCUGAGCUCCAGCAGGCUUAUGAUGCGGAUAGCCAUUUAGGGGAGUCGAAUGAAAAUGCCGAUACAGAUACAAAUAGCUCUCACUAUGUGGAGAGGAAGCAGACAUUCUUUAACUUUGUCACACCCACAACCACAAAGUCGACUACUCCGGCACCUUGGAGUCCAAUGAGGGGAAGGGGUAGUACUACUCGCACAGCAUUCAUACCCACCAUUGUUACAAGUACUACGGCAACUCCCACCACUGCCCGGACUAGAAAUCGCGGCUCCUCCCGGUAUCGCACAAACUCUCAAGCCCCCAUGAAUCCUAGUUCACCCGAUCCCAUCAGCACCAGUGUUAGAAUCGAUCAAUCUCAUUCUCAAAGCUAUUACGAUGGAACCAUUGCACCACCCACUAGGCAACAGUUUAUACCCACCACCGGAGGGCGAUUCUCGCGUCCUACACGACCGGGUUACGUUAGAAACCACGGGCAGGUGUCACCGCUGGCAUUGCAGCCAGCAGGUCCACCGACAUCAAAGCGAACCACCAAGGGUGUCUUCGACACAACGCUGUUCAAGAGUCCCCUCAGCGACCGGGAAAUGGAGCGAAAUCUUCACGGGCUGCGUCAAAACUUGCCAAAAAAUCACAAACUAUUCUGAGUUCUCAAUUGAAUUUACAGGAGGUAUAUCUUAAAGACUUAGUUAAAUAGUUUUUAAAUAAGUUAUUACGUUCUAUCAUAAGUUAAAAACGUUG